AUGACGCUAGGACGUAUGUACAAUCGUGACUUUGCGUCCCGAAUGGGUACACAUCCUGGCCUUUUAGUCUUUAUUGAAGGUACCAAGCGUGAGGCUGCACGCUAUAUCCGGUGUAUCGAGGAUAUCAAACACCUCCGCCAGACAACCCCUCAGCAUGCCCCACCAGCGAAACUGGAGAUUCCUGAAGACUACAAAAGCUUUGAGUAG